AUGCUUAGAGUAGACCUUGACCGCCAGCUUAACCACUUACAGGAAGAGAUUGCGCUGCUUGCCAAUGUAGUCGACAAAGCUAUCUACCGCUCGGUCGAAGCGCUGAAGAACCGGGACCUGGACGAGUCACAGGCCGUGAUAGAUGGCGACGACUACAUAGACAUGAAGCGGUACGAAAUAGAAGAGCUGUGUGUGGACCUGAUCGCCACCCAGCAACCCAUGGCGGGAGACCUGCGCGCCAUAAUUGCCAUGCUGCACAUUGCAGUAGAGCUGGAACGAAUGGGCGACUACGCUGAGGGCAUCGCCAAAAUCAGUAUUUUGAUGGGCAACGAGCCGCCUCUGAAACCGCUCAUCGACAUUCCGCGCAUGGCGAACAAGGCCACGGAAAUGCUCCGCAACAGCAUGGAUUCCCUGGUGGAGCGGGACCUGGUCAAGGCGGAGCAGGUCUUGGAUGACGACGACGAGGUGGACGACCUGUACGACCAGGUUUACCGUGAGCUGUUGCUCUUCAUGAUCCAGGACCCGCGCAGCAUCCAGCGGGCCACAUACUUGCUUUGGGCCGCCCACGACCUGGAACGCAUCGCGGACCGCGCCACCAACAUUGCCGAGCGGGUGAUGUUCCUGAUUACCGGGCGGAUCAGGAAGGAAAAGGUAAGCAAGUAUUAG